AUUCACUUAUUUUUACAAUUGUCGUGGUUAUGGAUCGUAACAAAAAGAGGGAAGGAAUUUCAAGCGAGAACAAGAAUGGUUUAUGCUGUUAUUGGCGUGUUGACAUUUGAUUUCUGAAAAAUUUCAAGCGUGCUCCUGCGAGCAACUAUACGCUACCAAGAACACAGCAUUGUGCCGUUACAAUUCCCCGCAUCUUCCCUGCAUGGGAAUCGAUCCCUCUGCAGCUGCCUUCUUCUUAAACCCUUCGAGGAUAAAAUGCCAUCAUUCGCAAUUCACUCUACCCCUCAGUCCUCUUUCUCUCUCUGCUCUGCCAUGAGGUGCGCCAAGUGUAAAUCUUGCUAUGCAGAAACCAAGAUUUUGGCGGUUAUUCUGGAUUUAGAUGGCACCCUUCUGAACACAGAGCAAGUUACGAAGGACGUUUUGAAGGAUUUCUUAUUGAGGCAUGGGAAGGUUCUGGACAGGAAGAAGGAAGAUGACAGGUUGGGGAUGACUCAGAAAGAGUCAGCAAUUGCUGUUGUGAAGGAUUAUGAACUUCCUCUCUCACCUGAUCAAUUUAUCAGAGAAAUUACGCCCAUGUAUCAGGAGAAGUGGGCAGAAGCCAAAGCUCUACCUGGUGCUAAUCGCCUUAUCAUGCAUCUCCAUAAGCAUGGUCUGCCAUUUGCACUUGCUUCAAACUCCUUGCGCAAGAACAUAGAUGCAAAAAUUUGUUACCAGCAAGGCUGGAAGGAAUGCUUUUCAAUUAUUCUUGGGAGUGAUCAGGUUAAAUCAGGGAAGCCCUCUCCAGAUAUAUUUCUAGAAGCUGCAAAUAGAAUGGGAGUAGAUGCAGGUUUCUGCCUUGUGAUAGAAGACUCCUUGGUUGGUGUUCAAGCAGCAAAGGCUGCUGGAAUGAAGGUAGUAGCUGUUCCUUCCCUCCAAACUGAAGCAGACAGAUAUUUCACAGCAGAUUCUGUGCUUCAUUCACUUCUAGAAUUUCAUCCCGAGUUAUGGGGUCUUCCACCAUUUGAAGACUGGGUGGAUCAUGCAUUGCCAAUUGAACCUUUCAAUCUUCAGGGUCUGUUUAGAAAUGGAACGUUGAGUGAAUUUGCAGAUGAUGGACCAUCUGCUUUUCCUGAUCAAGUUUGGGGAGUUUACUUUGGUUGGGCUGAAGUUGACAUGCACGAGAUCUUCAAAGUUGUGGUUGGAAUUGGAUGGAAACAUUGUUUCUGUACUGCUCAGAGGAAAAUUCAAUUAUGUUUGAUUGAUGGAAGCGAUGACCUUGUAUGCAAUCAAAAAAUGCAACUAUUGCUGGUUGGGUACAUCCGGGGAUUUAGCAGUGAGUGUGCAGGCAUGAAAAGGGGUAGGAGUAGACCUAAAAUAACUUGGAAUGAGGGGAAAACCAUGGUUGAUACAGAAAUUCUUGAAGAAGAUAUGUCCAUUGCAAAUGCAGCUUUGAAUUUGCCCAUGUUUGCAGGUCUUAAGCAUGUGCCUUCUUUCUCAGAAGCUUCUCUUGUAGGCUCUGCUGUCUGUGAUGAUAAAGAACAGGGGUGACUACCUAUUUUAUUUUUUUUUCUUGUUCCAAAGCACCCAUUACAGUCCAUUGUUUUGAGUGUUAUUAGCUUUGUGCGCAAGAAAUAAAUUCUCCAGCUAAACAAAUUCUGCUAGUUAUUCCCUAAUUAAUAAAAAGAGGGCAUGUUUCAAUCA